ACUAAUUGUGAAUUAUUUAGAAAAGCACAAAUCUGUCAAUUCUCAACAACCGCCAAUGCACUCACUCUAACAUCAGUUCCUCUCUUCGCCGUAAAAUUAUUGCAGCCAUGGAAGUACCGCUCGAAAAUGAAGGGAUCAAAGGUUCUCGCCGGACCGAGACUCUUUACGACGUCAUCCAUCGGAUGCUAUCAAUGAUCUUUUUUCCUGAUUCCGACAGUUCAGCACCGCUGCUGAAGCGGAUCAAGAACUCUUUAUCGGAGAAUGCUUGUCUUCUUAAGGAUGCUACUAGUAAUACUGGCCGGAAAGUUCUCCUCUGGGCUCGCCGUGGCAGUCCUCUGCGGGCACUUCUCGUAAUCUCUGUUGGGACUAUUGCUCUUCUUACCUUGACAGGAUUGCUUGUCUUUAUGCUUUUCUUUCUGACAGCCACUGUCAAUGCCGUUGUUGUUUCUCUUCUCAUUUCUUUGGCAGCUGUCGGAGGCUUCAUGGCUCUUUUCUUUGCUCUUAUAACAGCUAUAUAUAUAUGGGCAUUAUCAGUUGCUGUAUUUGUCAUUUCCACGGCAACAAUUUCAGCAAUUAUAGCGGUUUUUAUAGCUACAGGUUGGAUUGGAUUUUUCUGGACUGUCUGGUUGGUGACAAAGAAAAGUGUGGGUGUAGCUAAGCACUCAUUGUGGGUGACUGGAUCAGCAAUUUCAACUUACUCUUCGGGUCGGCAUGUGCUGCGCAAUCAAGAACUAGAUAAGGUGUCGAAUUGAGCAACGAUGCUCUGAAGUCCAUUCAUGUGAAUAUCCUUGUAUACCCUGUACAUCUAUACAUCUUCGCUUCUCACAAAUUGCUCGCGAGUGACAACUGCUAUGGUAGUGUUUGUUACUAGUGAUUGUUGCUAUCAUUUGGAAACUUAUGGUGAAAUCUACAACUACAGAUUGAAAGCACAUGUGAUAAGCAUUGUGGUGUUAGAUAUAUGCUUGUUCAAACUGUGUAUUGUAUAAUGAGCUGUUGCGCGGAGAUGGAUUUCAGGUAUCACUAGAUUUUAAUCGUAUGUAUUGCAUUUGUGUUUAUAGGUCUGGUUAAAAUCGAGUUGGUUAAUCUAAAGAUUUUAGUGCAUGUUUGUUUA